AUGAUAAGGACCGAGACAAAUUUCCAAGGCCAUUAUUUUGAUCAAAAAUACCUUACCAUUCAAAGGCAGGCUUUGAUAAAGCUUAGAAUAGCUCUUAAUGAAACAUUGGAUAAUGACAAGCUACAAGAUCAUUUCACUGAUUACGAAAGUUCAGUUGAAGCAUUUAAAAAAGAUGCUUUGGAAGAAGUUAAAAACAAAAAAAGAAAAGGCCGAUCAAAUCAAGAAUCCCAAACAAAAAAAAGAAAAACUACAAGUACAAAGGCCACCAGCUCUUCAAAUCAGGCAAAUAAAAAUAAAAAACUCCUCGUAAAUGGAUACUGCUCAAAUAAUGAGUCAUGGGAAGCUUUAGAAUAUCUAGGGGAUAGGGUGCUCACUUCUUGUCUCCUAAAAAUCGCUGGGCCACGAUACAUUAAAAUAUAUAAAGCACAAGAGAUUAAGAAAGGCGUACAUGGUAAAGAAGCAUCAUGCUGA